AUGACCAAACGCACGCGACAUGGUUCAUGUCACUGGGAGCUGCGCGUAGGAGCAGACUCGAUCAACGGACUCCUGGUUGAGGAGUGUGCCAGCGGAGAAUCCGCACGGAGGUAGCAAGUGUCAGCCGUACAAGCUGCGUGGUUGUCAUACGUGCAGCGUGAUCGCUGCGUAGUGUCAGUGAGCCAGCGGUGUCAGCUUGCGUGAGGUAGUUGUGCACGAUGCGGUGUGUCAAGUGUGCAGCGUGUGCUGAGUGUGACAGUGCGUCAGCGUGGUGUCAGUGCUGCGGGGUCGUGAGCGUCGCUGCGUGUGUCAGUGCUGCAGUGGUGUCAUUCAGCGUAUCGCGCGUGGUGUCAGUGUGCAGAGUGUCGCUGCGUGGUGUCAUGUGGGAGCGUGGUGGGAGUGAUGGUGGUGUCUGUGCAUGAUCCAGCUGCGGGGUGUGGAGCGUGUCGCUGCGUGGUGUCAGUGUGCAGCGGGUUAGUGCUGCUCGUGGUGUCAGUUGCAGCUAAUCGUGUGGUUCGUCAAGUGUCACUGCGUGGUGUCAUGUGCAGCGUAUCGCUGCGUGGUGUCAGUGUGCGGUCGGCGGUGUUCCGUGGUGCAGUGUGCAGCAGUUCGCUGCGUGUGUCAGUGUGACUUCGCGUGGUGUCAGUGUGCAGCGUGUCGCUGCGUGGUGUCAGUGUGCUGCGUAUCGCUGCGUGGUGUCAGUGUGCAGCGUGUCGCUGCGUGGUGUCAAGGUGCAGGGUCGAUGCGUUGGUGUGAAGCAGUCUGUCGCUCGUUUAGUCAGCUGUGCAGCGUGGGUCAGGCUGCGGUGGUGUCAGUGUGCAGCGUAUCGCUGCGUGGUGUCAGUGUGCUGCGUGGUGUCAGUGUGCAGCGUAUCGCUGCGUGGUGUCAGUGUGCAGCGUAUCGCUGCGUGGUGUCAGUGCUGCGUGGUGUCAGUGUGCAGCGUAUCGCUGCGUGGUGUCAGUGUGCUGCGUGGUGUCAGUUUUGCAGCGUGUCGCUGCGUGGUGUCAGUGUGCUGCGUAUCGCUGCGUGGUGUCAGUGUGCAGCGUAUCGCUGCGUGGUGUCAGUGCUGCGUGGUGGUCAGUGUGCAGCGUAUCGCUGCGUGUUGGUGUCAGUGUGCUGCGUGGUGUCAGUGUGCAGCGUAUCGCUGCGUGGUGUCAGUGCUGCGUGGUGUCAGUGUGCAGCGUAUCGCUGCGUGGUGUCAGUGUGCAGCGUAUCGCUGCGUGGUGUCAGUGUGCUGCGUAUCGCUGCGUGGUGUCAGUGUGCAGCGUAUCGCUGCGUGGUGUCAGUGCUGCGUGGUGUCAGUGUGCAGCGUAUCGCUGCGUGGUGUCAGUGUGCUGUGUGGUGUCAGUGUGCAGCGUGUCGCUGCGUGGUGUCAGUGUGCUGCGUAUCGCUGCGUGGUGUCAGUGUGCAGCGUAUCGCUGCGUGGUAUCAAGUGCUGCGUGGUGUCAGUGUGCAGCGUAUCGCUGCGUGGUGUCAGUGUGCUGCGUGGUGUCAGUGUGCAGCGUGUCGCUGCGUGGUGUCAGUGUGCAGCGUGUCGCUGCGUGGUGUCAGUGUGCAGCGUGGUGUCAGUGCUGCGUGGUGUCAGUGUGCAGCGUAUCGCUGCGUGGUGUCAGUGUGCAGCGUGUCGCUGCGUGGUGUCAGUGCUGCGUGGUGUCAGUGUGCAGCGUAUCGCUGCGUGGUGUCAGUGUGCAGCGUGUCGCUGCGUGGUGUCAGUGUGCAGCGUGGUGUCAGUGCUGCGUGGUGUCAGUGUGCAGCGUAUCGCUGCGUGGUGUCAGUGUGCAGCGUGUCGCCGCGUGGUGUCAGUGUGCAGCGUGUCGCUGCGUGGUGUCAGUGUGCAGCGUGUCGCUGCGUGGUGUCAGUGUGCAGCGUGGUGUCAGUGCUGCGUGGUGUCAGUGUGCAGCGUAUCGCUGCGUGGUGUCAGUGUGCAGCGUGUCGCUGCGUGGUGUCAGUGUGCAGCGUGGUGUCAGUGCUGCGUGGUGUCAGUGUGCAGCGUAUCGCUGCGUGGUGUCAGUGUGCUGCGUGGUGUCAGUGUGCAGCGUAUCGCUGCAUGGUGUCAGUGUGCAGUGUGUCGCUGCGUGGUGUCAGUGUGCAGCGUGGUGUCAGUGCUGCGUGGUGUCAGUGUGCAGUGUAUCGCUGCGUGGUGUCAGUGUGCAGCGUGUCGCUGCGUGGUGUCAGUGUGCAGCGUGGUGUCAGUGCUGCGUGGUGUCAGUGUGCAGCGUAUCGCUGCGUGGUGUCAGUGUGCUGCGUGGUGUCAGUGUGCAGCGUAUCGCUGCGUGGUGUCAGUGUGCAGUGUGUCGCUGCGUGGUGUCAGUGUGCAGCGUGUCGCUGCGUGGUGUCAGCGUGCAGCGUGUCGCUACCCAGAGGAUGUGCUACAGCCCCUUUAGAUACCAGGAAGUAUUUCAGAACACCAAGGUGAGUUGCCUGUUGUCCACUUCCUGGUUCCUAGACUGGCUUCUAUUGGUUUCAGUUGACAAUUUCAGUGGCUGUUCAGUUUCAAUUUUAGGGGCCUGUUUCUAGUUAUGACCACUUACUGCCUCCUAACACAUGACAGUUGGUUUUCCACUUCUUUUAACAUCAAGACAUUUUAUUCCCUGACCAAGGCUUUUUGGGAGGAUGUGAUUUCAGAUAUUAACAUAGUUGAACAGCAGUUGUCCUGCUCCGUGAUACCUUAUAGUGACGUUUUAACACCAGACCCUUCAGAGAGAUUACCCUGAGAUCCUCUGAUCUGGUCUGCCUAAACAAACAUUACAUCUGUACACCGCUGAUCCAGCUCCGUAUCACUGGAUCCUGAAAACGCGAACACAGGGUGUAUUCCAAACAGCACCCUAUUCCCUUACACAGUGCUUGAUUUAGGAGGUUCCAGAACAAAAAGUGAGCUGAGAGGGGGGGUGAUCUGGGGGGCUAUGAGGUACUGGAACGCAGUAAAACAGGGGCGGCAGGUAGCUUAGUGAUUAAGAGCGUUGUGCCAGUAACUGAAAGGUCUCUGGUUCUAAUCCCCAAACCGACUAGGUGAAAAAUCUGUCGAUGUGCCCUUGAGCAAGGCACUUGACCCUAAUUGCUCUGGAUAAGAGCGUCUGCUUAAUGAUGUAAAUUAAAAGAAUAUCACCUUGAUAAUAAAGCAUUGCAUGAAUGAUCAUUGUUUUUUUUGUGCUGGCAUAGAGCAGUAGAGUAGAGGCACACAUAGGAGAACCAAAAAUGUAAGCCUAGGAUCUGGAAUUUUUUUUUGGCCUUUUAUAAAAGUAUUUCAUGCAAUUCUACAUCAUUUUAGAUGACUGGAGACUUUAUCAGAAUCAGUUUUUUAAUACCUCACAGGUGAUCAAAGUGACAGGCUACCUUGACGUUGACAAACGGAGAAUCGGAGAUCAAUAAACCCACCUUGUCUUGAAUCUAUUAAUAGCUUAUAGGUGUGUGGAGACACAUGUUGUAUAACAUGAGGAGUCCUAAAACAGCUUUCCAGUUUCACUGACUCACCCAAUGAUGCGCAGCUCACUCACCGUCGAUGGCCGACGCACUCUGCCAAAAGUCUACCUCUCUCUAGUUUGACUUUGUGUAGAACGAUGCUGUUCGCUCAGUAGGCCUAUUUGGAAGUUGAUACCAUAUAUGGUAGCCUACAGACAGAUCAGUCUCCUCUGUUCACCUGACAGAUUCGCCGCGCGUUCCCGACUGUAGGCUAUGCCGCGUGAUUGGGCUACACACAAUCCCCAGCUAGGCCAUUAAAAAAAUAAAAUAAGCCUUUGAUCCUCUGUGGCUAAAUUAUAGACCUACUCCUGGUGUAGUAUUCUGAAUUAUUUCCAUUUCUUUCUGGACAGACAGAUGUAUCCGGGGUGCUGCAUGAUGCAGUGCAACGCUGGAGAGCAAUGGUCACGAAUUGUUCAUAGGCGACAAUGUUGCGCAAACCAUAAUCCCGGGCCGACCCAACGUUAAUCCAUUCUUAGAAUAUUAGGCACAUUUUUAAGGGGGCAGGAGAAUUACAGAGGAGGCAAUUUAAAUUAACUCUGAUUAUAUAUGGGCGGCAGGUAGUUUAGUGGUUAAGAGCGUUGUGCCAGUAACCGAAAGGUCGCUGGUGCUAAUCCCCGAGUCGACUAGGUGAAAAAUCUGUCGAUGUGCCCUUGAGCAAGGCAUUUAACCCAAAUUGCUCUGGAUAAGAGUGUCUGGUAAAUGUUAUAAUUUUUACAUUGCAAACGGUGAACAUCAUUUUUCAUGCCACGAGGAGGUGCUGGAUCCUGGCAAAUGGGUUCCGGAAUGAAACAGUCCAAAACUGAGAGGUGCCAGAUCCUGUUCCGGCAGGAUCUGGCUAAAAUUAUGCAUUACUUUUGACCAGAGCCCUAAUACAGUUUUUUUUCCAAUUGCUAACAUGCAUUGGUCAAAACUGAAGUCACAUUGUCAAACCUCUUCACGCAGUCGGCGAAACAGAAGUGUAUGUGGACCGAACUGUGAAUCAUUUUUCAUUGCUUUCACACAAAAUGCAUUCAGUGACCACGUUCUCUGAAAUCCAUGAACUAUUUUCUCAUUCAUACUCCACCACCUGCAAAACUAUAUAUUUGCAGCACGCUUUCAAAUGCUAACACACUGUUUCUAAAACUGUUAAAAACACAAUGAUGGCAAAUGUCGUGCAUUUCUGCAGUAACCAGAUUGAAACAUAGAGAAAAUCUCAGCAGAAUAUUUCAUCAUUCCAAACACAGCUGAUUGCAACUUCAGCUGAAAGACUACCCAUGUGUCCUGUUUUUAGUGUCGUUACCAAACAGACAAAAGAGGACGCUUAGGAAUGAUUUAGUUUGGAAACAAGGAUCUUGGAAGACAGGUUGGUGGGGAAAGAAGAGUGGCAGGGAGAGGGAGACCAAGAGCGGAGGUCUCUGAUGAGAUACGGGCCACAAUUAUUGACCAUCUCUCUUUGAGAGAGGCCGGUUUAAGGGUGCAACCAAAUCUGCCACGUUCAACAGUUGCACAAAUAGUACGAAUCUUCCGGCAAAACAACAGGUGAGAUGUGCAUCCUUCAAUGAUAACUGAACUACAUAUUACAGUAGAAUACAGUAUGUUCACAUUUUUACAUGUACUGACAUUUUGAAACAUAUUGAUUGUUUUGUUUUUCAGUGCGAUCCAAAGGUUGCCUCCCACAGGAGGGAGAACCAGAAUAUUAUCAGAUGCGCAGGAAAUUGUCAUUGUUGACAUGGUAAUUGUUGACAUGGUAAUUGUUGCCAUGGUAAUUGGCACCAAUGCAAUAAAACAGCGGGAAAUUCGGGACAGAGUGCUGGCAGACAAUAUCACUUUUGGGAAUGUGAAUACGGUCAGCACAACGACAAUUGCCAGAGUCCUAGAGAAAACGUAAAAAAUAAGGAUGAAGCAGUUGUACACUGUACCCUUUGAGAGAAACGGUGAACGUUUGAAAGAACUCCGGUAUCAAUACGUCCAGGUGAGAUGUCUGUUCAGUAACCAAACAGGGGACAUACACAGCUAUGCAUAAUGUAAAGUACUGUAAAACUGUGGAUUGACUGUAUUUUAGAGAGUAAUGGAGAUGGAAGCCAGGCAAACUGCACGUACAUUCAUCUUUCUGGAUGAAACUGGAUUCAACCUGGCAGAAACACGCCGCAAGGGCGGCAGGUAGCUUAGUGGUUAAGAGCGUUGGGCCAGUAACCGAAAGGUCUCUGGUUCUAAUCCCCGAGCCGACUAGGUGAAAAAUCUGUCGAUGUGCCCUUGAGCAAGGCACUUAACCCUAAUUGCUCCUGUAAGUCGCUCUGGAUAAGAGCGUCUGUUAAAUGACUGAAAUGUAAAUGGAAGAAAUGUGAUUGGACAGAGAGCGACCGUGGAUGUCCCAGGCCAGAGAGGAGCUAACAUCACAAUGUGUGCAGCACUGUCCAAUGAUGGUUUUGCUGUUACACAAACCACUCAUUGGCCCCUACAAUACAGAGAGGCUCAUUUCUUUUCUGGAUGACCUGCGUAAUCGACUUGUGCCAGCGGAGGAGAGAGGGGCAAGAAACUCCCCUACCUUCGUUGUUGCGUGGGAUAAUGUGGCAUUCCAGCACUCUGCUGCAGGCACAGACUGGUUUGCUACACAUCCCAGAAUGUCAGUACUAUUCCUGCCUCCAUACUCCCCCUUCCUAAACCCCAUAGAGGAGUUUUUCUCUGCGUGGAGGUGGAAGGUUUAUGACCACCAUCCACAUGACCAGAUGUCCCUACUGGAUGCCAUGAAUGCGGGUUGUGGAGACACUUCUCCUGAAAGACUGCCAGGGUCGGAUUAGACAUUCCAGAAGAUGUGAUGUUGGUGAGAACUUGUGGCCAAAUGCAGGAGAGCGGGAUCACUACAACCCUCACGGUGCUGAACAGUAUGAGGGAUUAUACUAUACAUGGUGUUGAUGUUUUUUUGGGGGGGGGGUAAUUAUUAUUGCAGCCCUGGAAUUUCAGGAAUUUUUGUUUUGUUUUCACAAGUAAAUUAUUAUUAUGCAAAGAUAUAGAACAAAUAAAGGCUAUUGAAGCACAUUUCUGCAUUUCUGAAUCAUUCUUGUUACACAUACUUUAGUACAGUCAGUAAAGUGAAAAGGUGUUAGUCUUAUUCCAUAAUGAAAUACUGAUUUAUGUGAAAAAAAUCAUUCAAACUUCAAAGUGGAAAGAUAAUCAUUUAUGUAAUGCUCCCUGUUGUUAGUGUUUUUUAGGUCAGUGUGUUAUGAGUGACAAUGUAUGCUUUCUGAGUGAGAAUUGUUGCCAGUGUUAUGGUCGAACAAGCUUAUUUUGAGACACGUAUGAAGUGUUUUGGUGGUUUUAGUGAGUUUUUGGAGGUGAGAUUAACUGUUUGGCCAAGAUGCAUGUUGGUAAUGCAGACUGUGUGAAGAGUUUUGAAAAAAUGGCUUCUGUAUUGACCGAUGCUUGAUAGCAAUUGAAAAAAACUGUAAUAGUACUAUACAGAUGUAGGAUCUUAAUUUGAUCACUCUUUUGCUGCUGAGAAUUUUUAUGCACAGCAGGACAUGCAAACUUGUAGUGUAUUUGAGUUUUAAAAAGGCUUCUACAGUUUGUAAUUUCCACUUUGACAUUUCAGACUUGAUUUUCCCUAAUGAAAAAUGUAUCAACCCCUACAAAAAUGUCCAUGAAUUAUAAUCUACAUGAUACUUCACAUUUCUUGUUGCUGCUGGGUUCUUUUCCUGCUGUAGCAAACUGACUUAAAUUAAGACCCUACAUCUGUACUGUAUAGGGAUUAGGGUGCCAUUUGGGACACAGACAGUGGUUGGGGUGAGGAGCCCUGACUAGACAAGCUGCCCCUAACGACCAGUGGUUGGGGUGAGGAGCCCUGACUAGACAAGCUGCCCCUAACGACCAGUGGUUGGGGUGAGGAGCCCUGACUAGACAAGCUGCCCCUAACGACCAGUGGUUGGGGUGAGGAGCCCUGACUAGACAAGCUGCCCCUAACGACCAGUGGUUGGGGUGAGGAGCCCUGACUAGACAAGCUGCCCCUAACGACCAGUGGUUGGGGUGAGGAGCCCUGACCAGACAAGCUGCCCCUAACGACCAGUGGUUGGGGUGAGGAGCCCUGACGAGACAAGCUGCCCCUAACGACCAGUGGUUGGGGUGAGGAGCCCUGACUAGACAAGCUGCCCCUAACGACCAGUGGUUGGGGUGAGGAGCCCUGACUAGACAAGCUGCCCCUAACGACCAGUGGUUGGGGUGAGGAGCCCUGACUAGACAAGCUGCCCCUAACGACCAGUGGUUGGGGUGAGGAGCCCUGACUAGACAAGCUGCCCCUAACGACCAGUGGUUGGGGUGAGGAGCCCUGACGAGACAAGCUGCCCCUAACGACCAGUGGUUGGGGUGAGGAGCCCUGACGAGACAAGCUGCCCCUAACGACCAGUGGUUGGGGUGAGGAGCCCUGACUAGACAAGCUGCCCCUAACGACCAGUGGUUGGGGUGAGGAGCCCUGACUAGACAAGCUGCCCCUAACGACCAGUGGUUGGGGUGAGGAGCCCUGACUAGACAAGCUGCCCCUAACGACCAGUGGUUGGGGUGAGGAGCCCUGACUAGACAAGCUGCCCCUAACGACCAGUGGUUGGGGUGAGGAGCCCUGACUAGACAAGCUGCCCCUAACGACCAGUGGUUGGGGUGAGGAGCCCUGACCAGACAAGCUGCCCCUAACGACCAGUGGUUGGGGUGAGGAGCCCUGACUAAACAAGCUGCCCCUAACGACCAGUGCUGCAGAGUUAAGCUCCUCUGGGCAGGAGAGGAGAAACAGGGGAACAUGAAACCUGGGGUACGUCCCAAAUGACACCCUAUUCCUUAUAUAGUGCACUACUUUUGACCAGAGCCCCAGUGAUGUAGUGGUGAAAAAACAGGUGGGUAAAUAGUGAUCGCCGGUCGCAAUGAGAAAAGAAACGCUCAAUUCUUUCAAUGCAUUUUUCCACAAAAGGUGGGUAAACUGUUGGGCAACAAAAAGUGGGUAAACUGCAUUUUCUUUACCCUCCACUACACCACUGCCUUUGGACCCUGGUCAAAAGUAGUGCACUUCAUAGGGAAUAGGGUUUGGAAGGUGAAAUCUGGUGCUCCUCCUAUCUCUGGUAGUUAUCAAAAUGAGGUAUUCCUAGAAUUUGGAAUCAUACAGUCUUAUUAAUUAUUCCAAAGCAAACAUUCCAGCUCGGAUUUCAUCCAUACCUGGGACUAGCUACAUAAGAGCUGCAUGCCUGGGACUAGCUACAUAAGAGCUGCAUGCCUGUGACUAGCUAUAUGAGAAGAGCUGCACAGUUUGAACUCUGUCUCUGUCCCUCUCUCUCUUUCUCUCGUCUUUUCCCCCUCUCUGUCUCGUUCUCUGUCCCUCUCUCUCUUCCCCCCUCUCUGUCUCGUUCUCUGUCCCUCUCUCUCUUCCCCCCUCUCUGUGUCGUUCUCUGUCCCUCUCUCUCUUCCCCCCUCUCUGUCUCGUUCUCUGUCCCUCUCUCUCUUCCCCCCUCUCUGUCUCGUUCUCUGUCCCUCUCUCUCUUCCCCCCUCUCUGUCUCGUUCUCUGUCCCUCUCUCUCUUCCCCCCUCUCUGUCCCUCUCUCUCUUCCCCCCUCUCUGUCUCGUUCUCUGUCCCUCUCUCUCUUCCCCCCUCUCUGUCUCGUUCUCUGUCCCUCUCUCUCUUCCCCCCUCUCUGUCUCGUUCUCGGUCCCCCUCUCUCUCUUUCUCGUCUUUUCCCCCUCUCUGUCUCGUUCUCGGUCCCUCUCUCUCUCUCGUCUUUUCCCCCUCUCUGUCUCGUUCUCUGUCCCUCUCUCUCUUCCCCCCUCUCUGUCCCUCUGUCCCUCUCUCUUUCCCCCCUCUCUCGUCUCUGUCUCUUCUCGUUCUCUGUCCCUCUCUCUCUUCCCCCCCUCUCUCUUGUCUCGUUCUCUGUCCCUCUCUCUCUUCCCCCCUCUCGUCUCGUUCUCUGUCCCUCUCUCUCUUCCCCCCUCUCUGUCUCGUUCUCUGUCCUCUCUCUCUUCCCCCCUCUCUGUCUCGUUCUCUGUCCCUCUCUCUCUUCCCCCCUCUGUCUCGUUCUCUGUCCCUCUCUCUCGUCCUCUCUGUCUCGUUCCUGUCCCUCUCUCUCUUCCCCCCUCUCUGUCUCGUUCUCUGUCCCUCUCUCGCUUUUUCUCUCUCUCGCUUUAUCUAUUUUGAGCCUGCAUUAAUGUAGUUAUAUUUUAUCUACCAUAAAGCACACUAGCACUAUUUCAUUUUACAUGAGCUCUAAUCAAAACAGAAUGUAGAUACAUUCUAAAACAUUAUCUGAAGAUACAUUCUAAAACAUUAUCUGAAGAUACAUUCUAAAACAUUAUCUGUAGAUACAUUCUAAAACAUUAUCUGAAGAUACAUUCUAAAACAUUAUCUGAAGAUACAUUCUAAAACAUUAUCGUAGAUACAUUUAAAAACAUUAUCUGUAGAUAAAUUAUAAAACAUUAUCUGUAGAUCAAUUGUAAAACAUUAUCUGUAGAUACAUUUAAAAACAUUAUCUGUAGAUACAUUUAAAAACAUUAUCUGUAGAUACAUUUAAAAACAUUAUCUGUAGAUACAUUCUAAAACA